UCUUCCUCCGUGCACGUCCGGAAGGUGGGGUUUUGUGUUGUUGCGGACAGUUAGUCAUUCUGUGUUAAAUCAGUGGUACUUAGCAGCCCUAUGCCUCGGUAUGCACCAUUAACGCGCUUAUCAAGAUAGCAGCAAGAAAGGGGAGAGGCCUGCUUUGGUGGUGUCAGUGAGUGUUUUGAGCAUAGUGACAGAGUGUGUGUGUGUGAGACAGAGACCAGUGAUGGCUGCCAGUAAGAAUAAGACCCAGAGUUCUCUGGCCCUGCACAAGGUCAUCAUGGUAGGCAGUGGUGGUGUGGGCAAGUCUGCACUCACACUGCAGUUCAUGUACGACGAGUUCGUAGAGGACUACGAGCCCACCAAGGCAGACAGCUACAGGAAGAAGGUAGUGCUGGAUGGAGAGGAGGUCCAGAUCGAUAUCCUGGACACGGCUGGACAGGAGGACUAUGCUGCUAUCAGAGACAACUACUUCAGGAGUGGAGAGGGCUUCCUGCUAGUCUUCUCCAUCACAGAACACGAGUCUUUCACAGCCACAGCAGAGUUCAGAGAGCAGAUCCUGCGUGUGAAAGCGGAAGAGGAUAAGAUUCCUCUGUUGGUGGUGGGGAACAAGUCUGACUUGGAGGACCGCAGACAUGUGUCUGUAGACGAGGCCCGAGCCAAGGCAGAGGAGUGGGGGGUGCAGUACGUGGAGACAUCAGCCAAGACGCGAGCCAACGUCGACAAGGUAUUCUUUGACCUGAUGCGGGAGGUGCGGGGAAAGAAGAUGUCAGAAAACAAGGACAAAAACGGCAAGGGGAAGCACAAGAAUAAGAACAAGAAGAGUUUCAAAGAGCGAUGCUGUUUACUCUGAACGCAACACGGACCUUUACAACACAAAACACCACAAUCUAUCGUUACGCUGAGGAACCAACUUGACCAGAAUCACAGAGCAUCCAUCCUCACGUUGAGUUGAAAUAUGUGUCUGUUAGUAUUGAAUCUGGCCAUAUUUUUAGUGUUGUUUAUCAGGUUUGGGGUCAGAUCUAUUUAAACUGUCAAUUCCAGAAGUUAACUAAUAUUCCAAUUGCAAUUUUGCUCAUUGCUUUUUAAACAGAAAAUUGGAAUUUGGAAUUUCAGUUUACUUGUUGAAGUGAAAUGGAUUUUUUUCCCAACCCAGGUGUUUACCACAUUCUCAACCACUGAUGGUUAUUUUUUUUAAUGGAAGGUGACCACUGUUCUGUGACUUGGACUGCAAUGCAUGACCUCUUCCCUGAUAACAACAAACCAAUUACCAAACUGCCCCAAACACUAACUUCAGUCUGCUUGGAUCUUGUUCUGUCUAUCUCAAUAUGUCUGUCCUUUAAGAUCAACAGAUGGUCAUGCCAUUUAUUUUAGUCUACAACGUGCAUGGGGAUUUUAAUCUAGAAUGGGAAUGGAUCUGUGAAUGGGGAUAGGUUCAGUCAAGGACAGAAAUGUAGCGAAACUCUAUUCAAUGCUUUUCACUGAUGUCUGUUUGUGGUAUGGACAUCAGACUAAGCUUAGUUUGUUAAUGAUUUAAAAAAGUAAAUAUUUACCAGUUAGUAAAAGGGACUAGGACUGAACUUGUCACUGUUUCCUCUACAAUAGGAUAAAGCAAUUGUCAAUCAAGAAGGCUCAUCGUCUUAGGAUUCAAAGCACAUGUCAGGAAAAACUCCUGGCCCUGGUCUAAGUAGGAUGGAUGUUGAAGUGUGAAGUUGUAAUAGUUUACUAACCAGAGGUCCUGUGGUAAUGGACAGGCAGUGUUUCUGGAGACCCCUACUGGCAUUCCUUGGUAAAUACAGGAACUGGAAAUGGAACUGCCCCCACAUCCAUAAGUCCUUUCGAUAUGGGUCAGUUGGCACCAUAAGUGUUGGCACCAUAACUAUCAGCCAGUCACCUUCAGUUUUGGAUUAUUAAUAUUUGUACUUAUUUUUGGUUUUAUUCAAAUGCUUUUUUUGUAGAAAGUGCACUACAUUGUUGCCAAUACCUUAAAAAAAAUAACUGUUCAGAGUUCCCAUGCUAGAGAAUGCUAAAGCAGUUUGUGCCAUCAACACAAGGAUAACAUGAUAUCACCUACCAACUAAUCUCUAUAUAAAUAAUGUUUGUUAAUUAACUGAGUGAAUGUAUGUGCAUCAGACAACAGUUGAUACUUCUGGUUCCUUUGUGUCCGUGUGAAUGAAACCUGGGUCAUGUUAUUUGGCACCAAAUGGAAGAAAAUUGACUGAAACAGGAAGGGACUUUUUUGUUUUUGCUGAAAAACAUUGUGCCCUAAUGAACGCCACUCUGGUGAGGGACACAGUUUGUUCGCUGUUAUUGUUGGAUCAGUCACUCUGUUCUGCCCUACAACAGUAAAGUAAUAUUUCCAACAACUGUCCUAACUGUUCUGCUCUUUUAUAAAAAUGUGUGUCCUCUUCUGUUGUUUUAAAGCUAGUCUACUAUUGCUAGGUUUUUCACUGUCUUCUGAACAAAAAAAUGACUUCAAAAUGUUGCCAAAUAAAUGCUUUUUUCUUUGUAA